AGCAGCACAGAAGAUGAACAGAAUUUUAACCCUUUUAAAAGCAGCUUUCACCAAACUCAAACUAAAUAUAAAUUCCGAAAAGUCAGCAACAAUUUGCUUUACCAAUAGAUUUCAUGAUCUGAAUAUAACAAUUGACCAUUACAAUAUUCCUAAUGAAGCGAGCCUAAGGUAUUUAGGAGUAUAUAUAGACCACAGAUUAACAUUUAAUAGACAUAUCAACGAAACGGUACAAAAAAUUAAAAAUAAAACAAAUAUUAUAAAAAUGCUCUGUCGAAAGUCACAUGGGACUCACCCAAAAACCAUACUGCAAAUAAAUCAAUCCCUCAUCAGAUCUCAGAUAGAUUACGCUAUCACAACAUAUGCAGUAGCGAACAGUACUAAUUUGAACAAAAUUCAGACAGAGUAUAACACAUCGCUGAGAAUAUCUAUGAGACUCUUAAAAUCUACGCCUAAUCAUGUUUUACUUAGCAAAACAGGUGAAAUUCCAAUUAAUUUGAGAGCCAAAUUUUUCGGUCUAAAAGAAAUCUGUAAAAUACUGUACUUUAGAAAUAGCCCUAUCAUAGAUACUAUCAUUCACACCAUUAAUUCCCAUGAAAACUUCAAAAACUACUCUUUUCUAGAAACAAUAGCUAUUCAAAAUAGACACAUUAUAAUUGAAAUGUGUUCUCUUAAUAACAUAUUAGUGGAAAUACCGGAUAAAAUUAUCAUUAACUCAACUCUGGAUUCGCUCACGAAAAACUCAACAAACAAAGUUAUACUGCAACAGACAGCCAUGAACAUGAUCAGGAAUAAAUAUGAGGAUUGUUAUAAGAUCUAUACUGAUGGGUCCAAAACAGACGAGCACACUGGUUAUGGAAUUUAUGAUCAUGAAGAAAAGAUAUCUAAAAGCUUUAAAUUAAACCACAACUUCACCAUCACAAAUGCUGAACUACUAGCAAUACUAACAGCCAUUAAAUACGCAGAUGAAAAACAGGUUCCUAAAAUAUGCAUACUAACCGACUCUAAAGCGAGCUGCGAAAUGCUAAGAAAUAAGAAUAUUGAAAACUAUAUAAUAAAUGAAAUCUUCCAAUUAACACAAAAAUCAAAUCUACAAACAAUUUUCAUACAAUGGAUACCCAGCCACUCUAACAUUGUUGGUAAUGACAGAGCUGAUCACGCAGCUAAAGUUAGCAAAUUAAAAACAUACGUAGAGCCAUACGGACUAACGUUGGGAGACACUAUCCUAACUUUCAAAAAUCUAAUCCACAAAGAAUGGGAUACCAAAUAUAAACAACUAUCAGUUGAUAAGGGUGCUAAGCACUUUGAGAUAAUGAUUCAUACUACAGCCAAGACCUAGUUUCACAAUAUGCCACUAAACACUUAUCAGACCGUACAAAUUUCACGACUCAGGACUUUUCACACAGCAACCAAGGACCGUCUGAACUCCUGGUGUCACUGAACUGACUUUCGAUACCGAAAGUGCCAUUGAACGCACUCGCGCAAUGACAGCAGGAGAAUUCGAAGAUGCGUUCGAAUGUGUAGGUGAGAAGUGAGUUCAGGAGUAUAGGCGGGAAAAUAAAAGCGAGAUAGAUUAGUAAACAAAACAAAGAUUGUUGAAAUCAAGUAUUGUAGUUUGGUGAUCCGAAGCUAAUUAGUGCACAGUGGUUAUUGUGAAAUUCAAAUACUUACCCUAAAUUAAAGUGCUAAGGUAGGCCUGGAAUUAGAUUGGAAUUGUGCAACAUAAGUUCUAACAUAAAAUCUAUCUCUGUCUAGGCAAUUGCAAGUACUUAUUAGUACGGAAGGGUGCGAAGUGAAACUGCGCAGGAAAGUUGAACCCAGGUAGGCUUUGCUUAGAUAUGAAAAAUGAUUAUUCCUAAUGUGCGACCGUUCGAUUUAGGUCACAAUACCACGCAGCGAAGCGUUUUAAGUUCGGAGUCGCCAGACCAAUUAAACUCCAGCUAAGGUGAGAAAUCGAUAGAGAAAGUUGAUUUAUCUCUAACCUAGGUCUUUAAGGUGUAGGACUAGUGGAAAGCGAAAGGCUGAAAUCAAGGCAGAAGGAAGCGAAAGGCUGAAAUCGAGGCAGAAGGAAACGUAUAGAGAGUUCACUAAACGUAAGAUUGAGAAUUGUAAAGAUUAUUCCUAUAUUUAAUCAAUAUUGAAAUCGUAGGAAUUUAAAACGUGUCCCGGUAGAGCUUCGAACGGACAAAUAAAAGGGAACGUUACGAAUUUGAAAACGAACUUUCAUUGUUACCGCGAUCCGGAAGUAACAAUUUACAUUUUAAAUUCGUUUACGAAAAUGUCCGAUUCAACCAGCACCGCAGCCACUGCUGCCCCAAAAGGUAAGAGCUUAGCGAGUAGUUCCCCUAAGGCGAAAAGUGAUACCCCCCCUCAACUCAAGUCCGUUGCUCUUGGCCCUAACACUGAGAACGGCAAAUCGAAACCAGGCACGACAAAAACCAAAAAGAAAACCUCUUCCGAAAAACACUACCCUAUAGCCAAUAACAAUACUAGCCAUACUUCCUCCGCGAACACGGUCGUUAAUGUCGGUCACAGUUGUGGAACCUGUAAGUCGGUCGAUAACAGCCGGAUGGUUCAGUGCGAUGAUUGUGAUGGAUGGAACCAUUUUAGUUGUGUGGGAGUGAACCAAAGUGUGGAGAAUAAAAAGUGGAAUUGUGCACAGUGCCAGGCGAAGAAAAAGAAGAAGACGGGUGCUACGAAGGUUGCCAGGAACACCGCUGCAGCGAAGAAGGUCGAAAAGUCGAAGCCGGAGAAAACCAGCGACGGGAAGAAGAACAAGACUCCAUCUGCGAUGAAAGAGAUGGAAGAUUCUUUGCCGAGGAAACCCAUGGGAACCACGAAACCAACCAAAGCAGCAUCUGUUAAGUCAGCGGGAUCGAGAAGGUCAGCGAAGGCGCAUCUGGAGCUGCAAUUGCAGAAACUCGAAGCAGAACAGAAGCUGUUAGAAGAGAAAAGGAAGCUGAUGGAGAAACACUUCAGCAUUCUGGAGGAGUUGGUCGACCUGGAGGACGAAGAAGACGCUGAUGAAGAAGAAGUGGACGCUGAUACCAAGGUGCAGAACUGGUUAGGCGCCACUGGUGGAAGGCGCCAAGAAGAAGAAGAGGAAUCUCCUAGUGCGGAUGAAGAAGAAGAGUGCUCCGACGACGAAGAAGAGGAAGAAGGUGGAGAAAUGGAUUCCAGCGAUGAUUCCGAGGAGGAAUCGGUGACAGACAGCAGCGAUGACUCUAGUGAGGACGAAAAGGGAGGAACUAACGAAUCUAGCUUCAAUCCGAAGGGUCGUUCUACGCCAGCAAAGAAAGGCGAAAGCAAGCGAAAAGACGCAACCAGUAGCCGAUUAACCUGUAACCUGACGCGCAAUCAGCUCGCCGCUCGCCAUGUUGUCGCUAAGGACUUGCCAUUGUUCUCAGGGAAUCCCGAGGAAUGGCCGAUGUUUUUCUCCACUUUUGAGAGCACGACCCGGAUGUGUGGCUACACAGACGACGAAAACAUGAUUCGACUGAGGAACUGCCUGAAGGGAGAUGCGUUCGCUGCCGUUCGAAGUUUUCUUCUCCAUCCGAAGACAGUGAACAGGGCGAUGGAUGCGCUCAAGUUGAAGUUUGGACAGCCGAGGUUUAUCAUCGAAUCCCUGAAAGACAAAGUUCUUGCCAUUCCACCGGUCGACCCUGAGUCGAUGAACGCGAUGGUCGAUUUCGCGCUAGACGUCCAGAACCUGACGGUGACGAUCGACGCCUGUGGUCGGAAGGAGCUCAAGCAGGAUGCUUCGUUGCUGAACUCACUGGUUUCCAAGCUUCCGGGACCAAUGCAACUACAGUGGGCGAAACACUCCAGAAGUAUUCGGAAGGUCAACCUGAAGACUUUCGGCAAGUGGAUCUACGAAAUAGGCGAAGACGCCUGUCUGGUUUCGAAGCCGCGCCAGACCAAAGCAUCGUCCCACAAUCAGGAGCCACGCAGGAGAACUAAGGCAUACGUGAAUGCUCACGUUGAGCACCAAGGGGAGUACCACGCUCAUUUGCCAGGAGGUAGUACAUCAUCAGCCGGUGCCAGAAGAGCCUACCCCACAGCGUGCAUUGUCUGUAGGGGAUCUUGUGCAUCUCUUGCGAACUGCCAAGGCUUUCGGGAGUUGUCAUACGAUGGGCGGUGGGCAAUCACACGCGAAGCCAAGAUGUGCCGGAAAUGCCUGAAGCGCCACAGAGGAGGAUGUGUGUCCAGGAACUGCGGAGUCAACGGAUGUUCAUGCAAACAUCACCCAUUGCUGCACAAGCAGCUAAACCCAGAGUCCGCACCUAUGCAACCAAACUCAGAGUCUACGCCCAUCCAGACUGGAGACAACGCGCAACGGGAAGAGCGGUCCUGUAACACUCACCUGUCAGGGUCCAGCGCUGUCCUGUUUCGCUAUGUUCCAGUCGUGGUGCAUGGAAACGGGAUAGUGAUUCAAUGCUACGCCUUCUUGGAUGACGGAUCCUCGCUGACGCUUAUGGACCAAGACCUAGCGGAUGAGCUGAACCUAAGAGGAGAACUUCGUCCCUUGGAUCUCAAGUGGACUGGAGGAACAUAUAGAACAGAGGACAACAGCCAAAUCGUCAGUUUAGAUGUGUCCGGGCUUAAAGGAAAGCGGUAUCACCUGAAAGAUGUAAGGACAGUGGAGGAGCUGCAACUGCCAUCUCAAACGCUCGACGUGAAGCAGCUUCAACAAGAUAACCCCUACCUACGAGGAAUUCCCGUAGAUUCGUACACCGAUGUCCGACCUCGCCUGCUAAUCGGAGUGCAACACGCUAACGCGACGUUGGUCAGGAAGAGUCGAGAGGGCGAAUCCGGUCAACCAAUUGCAGUUAAGACCAACCUGGGGUGGACGAUCUACGGAGGAGUGCCGACGGGAGAGUCGCAUAGUAUGGUGCACUAUACCUACCACGUUUACGCCUGUGACUACCAGAUGCAAGACGAUGCUGACGGGAAGCUGGAUCGCGCGGUGAAGGACUUCUUCUCUCUUGAGAGUCUAGGAAUAACAGCACCCACUAAGACGAUGCGCUCCGCCGACGAUGAGAGGGCCCUCAAGCUGUUACGUGAGCUAACCAAAUUCGAAGGCGAGAGAUAUACAACCGGCCUGCUCUGGAGAUACAAUAUCACGCAUCUGCCAGACAGCAAACCGAUGACGCUGAAGCGUUUUUUGAAUCUCGAGCGACGCAUGGCGAAAGACCCGGAGCUGAGGGGAGUACUGCAGCAAAAACUGGCUGAUUACGUCACCAAGGGCUAUGUUCGGAAGCUUACGAAGGAGGAACUGGAGGAAAACCACGAGCGUGUCUGGUACUUACCAGUUUUUCCGGUCAUCAACCCCAAUAAGCCAGGAAAAGUUCGACUCGUCUGGGACGCCGCAGCAACAACGCAUGAAGUUUCGCUGAACUCUUUACUACUCACGGGACCGGAUCUUACCACUCCGCUGGUUUCCGUGCUCUUCAAAUUUCGCGAACAUCGAUUUGGUAUUUGUGGCGACAUCAGGGAGAUGUUCCACCAGGUUGGAAUUAGAGGCGAAGACCAGCAUAGCCAGCGAUUUCUGUGGCGAGAGGAGAGAGAGCUAGGUGAACCCAGUGUUUACGUUAUGCAGGUGAUGACGUUCGGGGCGUGCUGUUCUCCAUCAAGUGCACAGUACGUGAAGAACAUGAACGCGGAACGUUUCAGCGAGCAGUUCCCAGCGGCCUCUGCGGCCAUAGUGCAGUGUACGUAUGUCGACGACAUGUUGUGUAGCACAGAGACCGAAGAGGAGGCGAUUGAGUUGGCGAAGACCGUUUGGGACAUCAACAAUCGAGGCGGGUUUGAAAUCCGCAAUUGGAUGUCCAACUCCGUUGGCAUACUAUCAGCGCUUCGUGGAGAUUCCUGUGCAGAGAAAAGCCUCGACCUGUCAUCCAGCCUAGCGACCGAGAAGGUAUUGGGAAUGUGGUGGUGCACUAAGACCGACUGUUUCACUUACAAAAUCAACUGGGAUCGGCUAGGACGUGAGCUGCUGGAAGGCAAUCGUUGCCCUACGAAACGUGAGGUACUCCGCACCCUGAUGACCAUCUACGAUCCUCUAGGUCUCAUCGCGCACUUCCUAAUGUUUCUCAAGGUACUGCUACAGGAGAUCUGGCGGACCCGAGUAGGCUGGGACGAAAACAUCGACGAUAAGUGCUUCGAAAAGUGGCGAAAAUGGCUGCAUCUUCUUCCGGACGUUGAGAGCGUCAGUAUUCCGCGGUGCUACAGGAUGUCUUCAUCGAUCGGUCAUCACACCGAGAUCCAGUUGCACACCUUUGUCGACGCUAGUGAAAAUGGCACGGCGGCAGCUGUCUAUCUCCGAUUCGUGGAAGGCGACAACAUCGAAUGCAGUCUCGUCACCGCUAAGAGUCGUGUAGCACCACUCAAGUAUCUCUCGAUUCCGAGGCUCGAACUUCAAGCGGCAGUAAUUGGAGCCAGAUUAGCUGCGUUUGUCAUGCAGGGACUAUCGAUCAAGGUUGCCCGUCGAGUUUUUUGGUCAGACUCCCGCAACGUUAUCGCCUGGAUACGUGCCGACCACCGCAAAUACAACGCAUUCGUCGCCGCGAGAGUCAGCAAAAUCCUAGAUCUCACGAGCGUAUCGAGCUGGAAGUGGGUCCCAACGAAGUGGAACGUGGCGGACGAAGGCACGAAGUGGCAGUGUCAACCCUCCCUUACGAACGACAGCAGAUGGUUCAAAGCACCAGAAUUCCUGUGGCAAGCAGAAAAAGAAUGGCCAGAUACCCCGGAAAAACUGACAGAACCGGUGGAAGAGCUGCGAGCGUGCGUCAACGCGCACUUCCAAGCGGAAAGCGAGAUCAUCCCCGUUAAAGAUUUCUCAACCUGGAGACGAUUGGUAAACACAACCGCCUACGUUUUUCGGUAUCUACGCCAGCUUCGACCAAAGAAAUUCACCCGCACCAUCGAAAUCCUUUCGAGCAAGGAGAUACACCAAGCUGAGGACUACCUUCUCCGCACAGCACAGCAAGACGUCUUCCGAACCGAGCUAAACAUUCUCCGACGCGACGACCGCAACGCAACGAUUCCCAAGCAAAGUCAGCUGUACAAGCUCAACCCGUUCAUCGAUGAAAAAGGAUUGCUGCGCAUGCACGGCAGGACUGGAGCGUGCAAGUUUCUAGCAGUGGAAAUCGUCAACCCUAUAAUCCUUCCGCGUGAUCAUCCGAUAACGAAUCUCAUCGUUGAAAGCUACCACCAGAAGUUUCAUCAUCAAAACCACGAGUCAGUCAUCAACGAAGUUCGCCAGAAAUACUGCAUCAGUUGUCUACGCAGAGUAUACGCGAAGGUCAGGUCCAACUGUCCACGCUGCAAGCUGCGGGAAGCCCGUCCCCGUCCUCCAGCAAUGGCUGACCUACCAAAGUGUCGACUAGCAGCUUUCGUUCGACCGUUCACACAUACCGGCAUCGACUAUUUUGGACCGAUGGAAGUGGCUAUAGGGAGAAGGGUUGAAAAAAGGUGGGGGGUUCUGUUAACUUGUCUCACUAUUCGCGGGGUCUACCUUGAUUUAGCUAGCUCUUUAACAACAAGCUCGUGCAUAAUGGUGAUCCGCAACUUCAUUGUGCGACGAGGAACACCUUCCGUUUUCUACAGCGACAGAGGAACUAACUUCAUCGGAGCCGAUCGGGAGUUGAAGCAAGCCCUGCAAGACGUCGACCAGCACAAGAUGGCUCAGGAGUUUGUUUCGGCGACCACCACUUGGUGUUUUAAUCCACCGGCAGCUCCCCAUAUGGGGGGGAGCUGGGAACGACUCGUGCAGUCCGUCAAGCGCACCUUAGUGGAACUGCAGCUACCCCAUCGCCCGAAGGAGGAAGAACUGAGGAGUGCUCUGGUCGAGAUCGAAGGCAUCAUCAACGCACGGCCGCUUACCCACGUACCCAUCGAAGACGAUGCCGCACCAGCGCUCACACCGAACCAUUGGCUGCUGGGCAGUUCCGACGGAUUCAAACCAUGGACCGAACUGGAAGUCAACUCCAUCGCUUUGAGUCGAGGUUGGCAUCUAUCGCAGCAGAUCGCGAACCACUUCUGGAAAAGAUGGCUGCGGGAGUACCUGCCGGAGAUCACCAGGCGUUCUAAGUGGCAUGAGAACGUACCACCGAUCAAAGAAGGGGACAUCGUGGUCAUCGUCGACUCGGAGCUGCCAAGGAAUUGCUGGCCCAAGGGACGAGUUAUCGGAACGGUAAAUCGAGACGGGCAGGUGCGUACGGUAACAAUAAAGACGGCGAAAGGUGUCUACGAGAGACCGGCUGUAAAGGUUGCAGUGAUAGACGUAAGAGCUAAGAAGGAGUUUGCUGACUCAGAGGCGGAGUCAGCAAACUAGGGGGGAGUGUCACUGAACUGACUUUCGAUACCGAAAGUGCCAUUGAACGCACUCGCGCAAUGACAGCAGGAGAAUUCGAAGAUGCGUUCGAAUGUGUAGGUGAGAAGUGAGUUCAGGAGUAUAGGCGGGAAAAUAAAAGCGAGAUAGAUUAGUAAACAAAACAAAGAUUGUUGAAAUCAAGUAUUGUAGUUUGGUGAUCCGAAGCUAAUUAGUGCACAGUGGUUAUUGUGAAAUUCAAAUACUUACCCUAAAUUAAAGUGCUAAGGUAGGCCUGGAAUUAGAUUGGAAUUGUGCAACAUAAGUUCUAACAUAAAAUCUAUCUCUGUCUAGGCAAUUGCAAGUACUUAUUAGUACGGAAGGGUGCGAAGUGAAACUGCGCAGGAAAGUUGAACCCAGGUAGGCUUUGCUUAGAUAUGAAAAAUGAUUAUUCCUAAUGUGCGACCGUUCGAUUUAGGUCACAAUACCACGCAGCGAAGCGUUUUAAGUUCGGAGUCGCCAGACCAAUUAAACUCCAGCUAAGGUGAGAAAUCGAUAGAGAAAGUUGAUUUAUCUCUAACCUAGGUCUUUAAGGUGUAGGACUAGUGGAAAGCGAAAGGCUGAAAUCAAGGCAGAAGGAAGCGAAAGGCUGAAAUCGAGGCAGAAGGAAACGUAUAGAGAGUUCACUAAACGAAUUUAAAACGUGUCCCGGUAGAGCUUCGAACGGACAAAUAAAAGGGAACGUUACGAAUUUGAAAACGAACUUUCAUUGUUACCGCGAUCCGGAAGUAACAAUUUACACCUGGGGUCUCAUAGAAUCCAACCUUUGCGAACAGUGUAAUGUGGUUGAGGACCUAGAUCAUAUCCUAUUCGAGUGCCGUAACUUCAUAAACCAACGAACACCUUUCACCUUUCUAAAAAAUAAAACAAGUUUUGUUGAAAUGCUAAAAAGAAAGAAAUAUGAGGAGUACAAACAAUUGGCUAGUUUUAUAGACGAGAUAAAAAUGAAUGUUUGAACAAGUUGUUAAAUAUCCUCCUUCAAAUCACUCAAAAUAAAGAAAAAUUAAAAUGUUUGCCCGCGAUUCGAUAUAAAUUGACAAAUAAAACUUGACAACAUUGGCAUUAUGGAACACUCUGGUCCGAGCCAAAAGCGAAAAACGAAAAAAAAAAUUAAGAAGCCUAGGAGUGAAAAGCACAUUGAAUCGAAAAAGUGCCGUAGCAAAUUCAGCAACGUGGUAGAUUCUUGUUAAUUCUGGAUUUUCAUAGAUUUUCUUAGUUAAGUUCUCUGUGAACUCCUUGUAAGUUUAAAACAAAAACGAACCUUUUGAAGCAGUAUUAUUUCAUUAAUAUUAUAUUCUUGAUAGCGUACUAUGCGAGGUGUUUCGGCUCAGACCCACUUUAAGAAUCACUGUACUUUAUUAUAGUUAUUCUGAUUAACCGGAUAUAACUGUAGUGUAUAGCAAAGUGCUUUUCGAAUAGUCAUGAACAACCCCAAGUGGGAGAGAGUGAGAAUGUGCACAAAGGCACAAGCUCCGGAUAUAAGAUUGAAUAAAAGACUAGGUCAUUCGUUUUGUGACUUUCAACCUAAUCACAUAGUGUUUCGUAGAACGCCUCUAUUUCAAUAAUAUCACAACACGUG